CUUAUUUCUGCGGACUCCAACUGGAUCACCAAAAAUGUCGCUAUAAAUUGGUUGCGACAGUUUCGUUUAGGCACAGUUCGAUCAGUUUCAUUGCUUGGUGAACAGCUUGUAGAACAACUUGUAAAAAUGGCAUUCAAGUUUGUGACCUUCCUCGCCCUCGUGGCCGUUGCCCGCGCUGGAAUCAUCUCAUCGCCAGCUCUGUCUUAUUCGUCCCCGAUUGCCAGCCAAGUGAUUGCCGCUCCAGCUCAAUUGGCCUAUUCCACCCCAAUUGCCAAGACCCUGGUUGCUGCUCCACUCACCAAGACCAUUGUUGCUGAUGAGUAUGAUCCAAACCCACAGUAUUCUUACUCCUAUGGAGUGUCAGAUGCUCUAACCGGUGACCAGAAGUCCCAACAGGAGUCCCGCAACGGAGAUGUUGUCCAGGGAUCGUACUCCCUCGUAGAACCAGACGGCACCAAGCGUAUCGUCGAGUAUACCGCUGAUCCAAUCCACGGAUUCAAUGCCAUCGUCCACCGUCAACCACUCGCCGUGAAGACCGUUGCUGCUGCUCCAGUUCUUGCCGCCAAGACCAUUGUUGCCCAGCCAGCAUUGUCCUACGCCGCUCCUCUGGCCCAGAAGACCAUCAUCUCUCAGCCAGCUUUGUCUUAUAGUGCUCCAUUGGCCACCAAGACUAUUCUCUCUCAGCCAGCUUUGUCCUACGCUGCCCCAUUGGCCCAGAGGACCAUCAUCUCGCAGCCAUCCAUCCUGUCCCGACCAGCUUUGUCUUAUGGCGCUCCAUUGGCCACUAAGACCAUCCUGUCCCAGCCAGCUCUGUCCUACAGCGCUCCAGCUCUCUACCAUCACUGAGCGAAUAAAAAAAACUGUGUUAUCUUUUUUUUUUAAGACCUGAUAUUUGAAUAGAUGAAAAGUC